GUCCCGGGAAACUGACACUAAGCUCGCUCGCUCGGAUGAGGUUCGCGACAGGCCGAGAACGUGAUCUGCCGCGGGCGAGGGGGGGACGAUGACGCAGCUCCAGCCACUUUGGCCGCGUUUUCCGUUUGCGCUUUUAUCCUAUCGAGUGGGGUCGGGCUGAGCUCCCAGGCGCUCUGCAGAAGCAACGCGACGGCGAGCGGCGCCCGGGAUUUCCCACGAGAGCAGAGGCCCGACGGUGCCCGCGGCAGACGCCCCCAGAGCCCGGCAGACCGUGAAGUCCGGGUCGGGUCAACCCAGGUGGGGGUGACGCACCUGGAAGAGGCGCGCGCAGCAGCUAGGUGGAACCACGGCGGCUGGAGGUGGGCGAACGCAUCACAGAUUAACGCGGGCAGAGCGUGGAUCUGCACACACAUCACCUUCGAAAACUCUCAGGCACGGAGAAGCAGCAUGCCUUCCUCUGUGGACCGCAGCCGUGGAGGACUACCCCGGGCAGAGUCUCCCAGUGGUUGAUUCCAAGUCAAGAUGGUUGCGAAGCCGCCAGCCUUCUCGCGGAGCGAGGCAGGGACGGAAGCGAUGGCAGCCAGCACUUCCCUGCCUGACCCUGGCGACUUUGACCGGAAUGUGCCCCGAAUCUGUGGGGUAUGCGGAGACCGAGCCACCGGCUUUCACUUCAACGCUAUGACCUGUGAAGGCUGCAAAGGCUUCUUCAGGCGAAGCAUGAAGCGGAAGGCGCUGUUCACCUGCCCCUUUAACGGCGACUGCCGCAUCACCAAGGACAAUCGCCGCCACUGCCAGGCGUGCCGGCUCAAGCGCUGUGUGGACAUCGGCAUGAUGAAGGAGUUCAUCCUGACGGAUGAAGAGGUGCAGCGGAAGCGGGAGAUGAUCCUGAAACGGAAGGAGGAGGAAGCCUUGAAGGACAGUCUUCGGCCCAAGCUCUCGGAGGAACAGCAGCGCAUCAUCGCCAUCCUGCUGGAUGCCCAUCACAAGACCUACGACCCCACCUAUGCCGACUUUACCCAGUUCCGGCCUCCGGUUCGUGGGGAUGCAUGCGGAGGCGGCCGUCCCUCAAGGCCCUCCUCCAGACACACGCCCAGCCUCUCCGGGGACUCAUCUUCCACCUGCUCAGAUCACUACGCGGCCUCGCUUGAUGUGAUGGAGCCGACCAGCUUCUCCAAUCUGGAUCCGAGGGAAGAAGAUUCAGAUGACCCUUCUGUGACCCUGGACCUGUCCCAGCUCUCGAUGCUGCCCCACCUGGCUGACCUGGUCAGUUACAGCAUCCAAAAGGUCAUCGGCUUUGCCAAGAUGAUUCCAGGGUUCAGAGAUCUCACUUCUGAGGACCAGAUUGUGCUGCUGAAGUCAAGUGCCAUUGAGGUCAUCAUGUUGCGCUCUAACCAAUCCUUCCUCAUGGACGACAUGUCCUGGACCUGUGGCAGCCAGGACUAUAAGUACCGCAUCAGUGAUGUGACCAAAGCCGGACACAGCCUGGAGCUGAUUGAGCCCCUCGUCAAGUUCCAGGUGGGGCUGAAGAAGCUGAACUUGCAUGAGGAGGAGCAUGUCCUGCUCAUGGCCAUCUGCAUUGUCUCCCCAGACCGUCCCGGCGUGCAGGAUGCUGCGCUGGUCGAGGCCAUCCAGGACCGCCUGUCCAACACAUUGCAGACCUACAUCCGCUGCCGCCACCCACCCCCUGGAAGCCACCUGCUCUACGCCAAGAUGAUCCAGAAGCUAGCCGACCUGCGUAGCCUCAAUGAGGAGCACUCCAAGCAGUACCGCUGCCUCUCCUUCCAGCCUGAGUGCAGCAUGAAGCUCACACCGCUGGUGCUGGAGGUGUUUGGCAACGAGAUUUCCUGACCAGGGAGACUGGCAGGGGCACCCGGGUGGUGCUGCUCCUCUGGGGCCCUGUGCCCUGGCCUGGGGCAGGCUGCUGCCCGGCAGCCCUUCCCACCCCAUCUGGAGUUCAGCCCCUCCUCCCCUACUGCCCCUCUCUCCCCAGCCGCUCCCAUCUCCUGCCCAACCUAACACCAGGUCUCCCUUUCCUGCCGACCACAGGCUGCCCCCAAGCCCUUGGGACCUCAGUCGUGAGGAGUUGCUGUUUAUUUGACAAAGAAACUCAAAUGGGGGCAGAGGGCAGAGGCCGAAGGUGGGGCCUUGCCCAGGGAUGCCCUUACCGCUCCAAAAGUGACUGCUUGGCCGAUGCCGAGGGGACAGUCGGGCAGGAGCAACGCACCCAUUCCUCAGGGACAGAGAUACCUGUACCUCCCCCCACUCCAGGCCCCCAUGUCCAGAGCCUAGUGGGGAUCUCCUUCCCCCUGCCCCGCCCAUGGUACAUGACUAGCCACCACCCCCACCCCCAUCUCAGCCUACUGCCGGUCUGUGCUGUCUUGUCCCAGGCAGUGUGCCACCGGCGGGGCUCCUCCCUUUGCCUUCCCACCCUGGCCUGUCCAGGAGACUCACUGCCAAGGAUGACCAAAAACAAGGUGACAGAGGUCACAACCCCCACCCCUCUCUGUUGGCCAAAGGGCACUUGCCCGACACUUCAAUGCCCACCUUCAUCUCAUUGCUAUGGUAACAGUCUCCCUGGAAGUCGCUAUGGUAAGGUGGGCUUUCUCCUCCUGGCAGGGGCCGCUAGCCCAGAGCCCACCUGCUGAGAAGCCCAAGGAGAGAAGAGAGCAGGGCCUAGGAGGUAGGGGACAGGCAAACCCAGCCUCACAGGAGGGUGGUGGGUGGUGGCCACAGCUGUCUGGUCUUCAAGUCCACGGCUCCUUGACCUGGAUCUAACAGGUUGGUUGAGCUGAGAGCUUUCCUUCCAACGAUCCACGUGGCAAGACUGAGUUGCCCCCAGGUUGCAGAGAAGUGCCUAGCAGCGUCCUCACCCUCGCCCCGCCAGUGCCUUACCUCCCACCCAGGAGAGAGAGAACUGGUGGCCAUGGGUGCUGGAGGAGCCUCACCCGAGGAUGGUCAAGUGUGAUGCAGAGAUGGGAGCACCUUCCCAAACACUUCAUGGUCUGGAGAAGCAGUGCCCCUCUGCGUGCCAGCAGGCUACCUCUUUUCCACUUGGUAGGGUAGGAUGGAAGAGAAGAACCCUCAGACAGACCCCGACAGCCCAGGCCAUGCUCUCCCCCCGCCCAUCUGGGCGUGGUUCCCAGACUGCCAUCCCCCAGAGACCCAGGAGCUAGUGCUCCAACACCUCGUUGUGGGAGGAGAGAGAGCGGGCUGGCUGCUGGGGACUAGGCAGAGGGAGGACCUGGGGGUGGAGUCACGUGGGGCUGGUUCCCUUCUUAUUCUCACUCCACCACCACCCCCAAAUCUGGAAGGGGUGGGGGGGGGGGACCUAACUUCCGACUCCAUUUUCCCUUCCAGAGCUAGCCCAGCCCAGGAGGUGGGAGCUCUUGUUCUGUUUACUCUGGGGGGGGGGUCCCCGGGUACGUGAGUCAUAGGUGUGUGGGACCACUGCAGACGGGGCUCUUCCGGGAGUCAGAGAGGGUCCCUCGGAUCGCUGCUUGAGUUUGGGGAGCACAGCCGCAUUCAAGAUCUCAAUGGUGGGGGGGGGGGUAGUCCCCGUCAGUCGAUGCUGCCUCCACCCUCCUCUGUUCUCCCAAAGGCCCGGGAGCAAUCAGACUCACACUGUGAGCACCAUCCGUGUCCACCGGGCCCAGUGUUUCUUCCAGUGGGGAAGCAUCUGAGAGCCACGUUUCUUACCGCACGAUACCAUCUGCAUGGCCAAGUCUGACAUUCAUCAGCCGUGAGUCGUUUCCAGCAUCAGACUCCGUUUUGUACUACAUCCGAAUGUAGCAGGUGGUAGACACCACUGAUGAGGAGAUAUUUCUGGAAGAAACACUUACUCUGUAAAAAUUCCAUACGCCAGUUAUUGGUAUUGUCCUUGCUGUUCUUUUACAAAUUAGGGCGAGAGCCUGGUUGGAUUCUGCAGAAGACUUUGGUCUCACUGGCUAGUCGGUGGGAAAAAAGGUUUAAAAAUCGCUACACUAGUUCAACUCCCUUGCUAAGGAAAAUGGACGUUUAGAAGGAAGUGUGGCUGGCCAAGCUCAGACAGUUAGUUAGGAGGGGUCCAGAGCCGGCCUGGACUGUGAACCCCCAGACCAGUGCUCUAUUCACAAACCACGCUCAAGCUCGGGCCCCUGAAGGCUAACCUGGUCCCUUAGGGGAAGGUCUGGAUUUUAGACAGCAAACCUAGAUCCUGGACCCCUGCCUUCCUUCCCUGAGUUGUCACCCUCCUGACCCAUCAGGAGGAGGAGGAGGAGGGACACCUCAGCCUGUGUCUCAAUGUGAAUCAGACCCCCCACCCCCACCCCUAAUGUGGCCCUGGCCGAACGGGGUCUCUGCCUCAGCUCUGUAUCAUGCUGUUGCCUUAUCAAUAAAAUGCAUUUGUGUU